GGCCGGCGCGCCUACCCAUGAGCACUGGGGCGCUCCGCUGCCUGGCGCCGCUGGGCCUUAGUCUGCAAUGGCGAGCGCGGUCUCGCCCGCGGGUGUUCUGGGGCUGCUGCUUGUGUCCGCGCUGCCGGGGGUCCUCGGAGACCACCCCAGCCCCGACCUCCGGGCACACCCAGGGGACCCCGCCCAGGUCAGCCCUAAGGCCGCGGAACCCCGGCGGCCGCCGCCCAAGGACCAGCAGGAGCGGGCCCGGGCGUGGCCUGUGGGGGCGCUGUACACCGCGGCGGUCGUGGCUUUCGUGCUCUAUAAGUGUUUGCAGCAGGAGAAAAAGGAGGCUCCUGUUCUCCAAGAAGAAGCAGGCAAGAAGGAAUCAUUGCAGUCAGAGCAACAGCUGGCCCAGUUGACACAACAACUGGCCCAGACGGAACAACACCUGAACAAUCUGAUGGCCCAGCUGGACCCCCUUUUUGAGCGGGUGACUACCCUGGCUGGAGCACAGCAGGAGCUUCUGAACAUGAAGUUACACACCAUCCACCAGCUGCUACAAAAGAACAAGCCCAGCAAGGAUGUGGAGGUUCCAGAACCAGAGGCGAGCAUGCCCUUUCCUGAGGACUCAUGCAUGAAGGAGGAGGACGAGGAGGCUGGUGACAGUCAGGCUUGGGAAGAGCCCCUACACUGGAGCACAGAGACAAGGAACCUAGCUACUCCGUGGGGAGUGGAGCAGGGGCUAAGGAGAAGAUGCAGCAAGCCUGCGGCAAAGGGCCCCAGUCCCAGCCCCCUCUGGGAAGGAGGGACGACAGCUGAAGGCUUAGUAAAACCAAGUCUGUUCUUGUGAUUGGA